UCCUGAAAAAAUCUUUACUAGACAUAAUGCAUUACGUUGCUAUCUUUGCUCUGCUGACGGCUUGUGCCUUGGCUGAUGACGCCCAUUACUCCUUCUCUAAGUCUGUGGGACAAGGAGGCGGUACCGCGUACAGCAUCGUCGGGGACGGCAGAAUCACCGCCAUUAGAGUAUGGGAGGUCUACAGCAACUACAUCUACGGUUUCCAGCUCUGCUACGGAGCCGUUUGGACUCCGGUUGUCGGCUACGUGUCUGGCGAACCCAACGAGCUGCGUCUGUACGACGACGAAAGAAUCGUCCAGGUGUCUGGGAAGUACGCUCAGUACAUCCAGUCGCUGAUCUUCGUCACAGACAAAGGCCGCUCCCUGCACAUGGGCCAGCCCGCCGGCACCGCCUUCAACAUGUAUCCGACCCACCCAGACGCCGAGCUGCGCUUCCUCAGCGGCCAGGUCAACGGGCCGCCCACUUCCUUCCAGGCCCACUGGGCCGUUUUCGAUACUGACAGCAGUGAGACUAACUGAGUAACGGUGAAAUAAAUGGCUGCCAUGUUCAAACUGAUAUUCUCUCCACAUUGUUUGAAUGAUUUUGACUUUAAUUUGCUGAAUUUUUAUUCAUAUAUUAAAAUUUUGAUUAAAAUCUGCUUUAAUGAGAAGACAGUUCAUAUUUAGUUUCACUGGAAAUGUUCAUUUUGCAUUUUGCUCUGCAAGUUCAAAGUAAAUGAUUUUAGUAUUCAUGAAAAAUACUAAUGUGUUUCUUGUUAUGUCUGUGAAUCCUAAAUAUUCUGCAACCUGUAUUUCUGUCUGACUUUGGUUCCAUUUGGUUCAUGAUUUUAUUUGUCAAUGAAAAC